AUGAAGGUGAAGCUGCUUUUUCCGUACGCUGUGUCCUGCGUGUUCGGCGGCAUGGGCCGCGCCUGGGGCAUGGCUAUGGUCGGGCUCCACGUUGUGCUCUGCAUCAUCAAGGUCCUCUCCUUCACUACAGAUCCCGAGGUGGCCCGCUUCUGGGUACCGAUCUUCCGCGUCUGGGUGUACCUGGGCAUCGCCGCGAUCGUGCUCAUGACGUGCGUGAACAUCGUCUACUACAUGCCCGUGUAUGGGGUGUACGCCAUGAACUACGAUCUGCCGCCGCAGCAGCCGGCGGCAGCGAUUUCUUUGCUUGUGCUAGAUCAUCUCUUUUCAAUUUGUUUAGGCACCACUAGAAAUUUGGAAGAUGCUUCAGGUGCUUCUGGUUUUGUUAUUAAAUGGUCUGGGGACAAAGAUAAUGCUAGAUAUCGUCUAGUUGGUGGCAUUGAGCAUUGCAGGAGGACCUAA